CGCCCACUCCCCUACCACGACCAGCCCGCACCGCACACGCAACCACCGCCCAACUCGCGCGCACCCAACGACGGCGCCGCCGCUCCGCCUCUCUCUUCCACGCAGCAACCGGCCGCCAUGGCCGCCGCCGCCGCCGCCGCGGGCUCCUCCGAUUCCCGCAAGCCAGCCGCUCACCCGCCGCCCCGCGACUUCCUCGUCCACGUCGAGGCCUACCUCUCCCGCCGCGACGGCGUCGACAAGCUCCUCAAGAUCUCCCGCUACGCCGCCCGCCUCGCCCUCGCCGCGGGCCCGCUGCCCCCCGCCGCCUCCGCCCGCCUCAAGUCGUUCGAGUCCAGCGUCGGCCUCAGCCGCAAGGCCUUCCGCCUCGGCAAGUUCGUCCAGAACGUCAACGCCCUCCGCGCCCAUCCCCAUCCGCCCCCGGCCGUCGCGCUCCUCGCCUACGGCGGGGAGGGCGUCUACUACUUCCUCGAACAGUUCGUGUGGCUGGCCAAGGCCGGCCUCCUGCCCGCGCACCUCCUCCCACGCCUCCAGCGACUCAGCGCCUGGGCCGAGCUGCUGGGAUACGUUGGUUCCAUCACGAUUAAGCUGGAAGAGAUCGGCAAACUGGAGUCUUCCGUCAAGAUGCGGCUGAAGGAAGGUUGCAGGGAGGAGAGCGAUGUGGUGAGGACGCUACGGGUGAAGCUGCUGCUCAAGCGGAUGUCCGUUGUGCAGGACGUUGCGGACGCCGUGAUGGCGCUAGGGGACGUGACCGACGGGAAGGGUUUGCUCGGCAGCUCGACGCUCAUGGCGUCCGCCGGCUUACUGUCCGCGUUGAUCAGCGCUCACAAGAAUUGGAAUUCGUGCUGAAGCCCAAAGGUAUAUAUAUAUGUUGUAAAACACGAUGAGAUGAAAUAAUAAAGCUCAAACUGGAGCAAAAUUAAAACAAUAAACAAAAGUUGUCCCUGGAUUAUGGAUGUUGGGGGGUAUAAAUCAAAAGCGUGGCUUUAUCACCAUGGUUGUUAUUCAAUGUUUUAUUUGUGCUUCUCCUUAAAAAGGGUAAUGGUUCUCAUCAAAACCGAAAACCGAUUAAUAUGUUUCCAUAUACCUUUCUCCUUUAUGUAAUAAAGAGUUUGUGUUCUUUCAACUAUAGGUUUAGGUUUAUGUAAAAGGUACAAUUUGUAGUUAGAAUUAAAAAAGAGAAAAGCUAAAGACA